ACUUACACGCACACGUGGACUUGGGAAGAUGGCGGAAUCAGGAGAACCAGAGACGACAGUAGACAAGAGAGAGAAAGAAGAGAAAGAAGCCAACUCAACGACAGAAGAAAUAUCCUUCAGAUCUCUGGGGGUGACGGAGGUUCUGUGCGAGGCGUGCGCGGCCCUCAACUGGACAACUCCCACAGCCAUUCAGAGAGAGAGCCUUCCUAUCGCUCUCAAAGGGAAGGAUAUCAUUGGUCUGGCUGAAACUGGGUCAGGGAAGACAGCUGCCUUUGCACUGCCCAUCCUCCAAGCUCUUCUGGACACUCCAACGCGGCUGUUUGCUCUUGUCCUCACACCUACCAGGACCUCGUGUCAGUGUGUGCACUGUUCCAUUCCCAUACCCAGAGAACUGGCAUUUCAGAUAUCGGAGCAGUUUGAGGCCCUGGGCUCUGGGAUUGGAGUCAAGUGUGCGGUCAUAGUGGGCGGGGUGGACAUAAUCACGCAGGCGAUGGCACUGGCAAAGAAACCCCAUAUCGUCAUAGCAACCCCUGGUCGCCUUGUCGACCAUCUGGAGAACACGAAAGGUUUCAGUUUGCGAACCCUCCGCUACCUUGUCAUGGACGAGGCUGACCGGAUUCUCAACAUGGACUUUGAAACUGAGUCUGCGUCCUGAAGUGAUCAGGACGAGGUUUGGAUGUGUCCUCAUGUCCUGAAAUGAGGUUUGGAAGUGUCCUAAUGUGUGUGAACUACUAGGUUGACAAGAUCCUGAAAGUCGUCCCGAAAGAGAGACACACCUACCUCUACUCUGCUACCAUGACACGCAAGGUGCAGAAACUGCAGCGAGCCUCUCUUCACAAUCCCGUCAAAGUCGAGGUGUCCAGCAAGUAUCAGACGGUGGAGAAACUACAACAGAGUUAUAUUUUCAUACCCAGCAAGUACAAGGACUGCUACUUGGUCAGUAUUCUGAAUGAACUAGCCGGAAACUCUUUCAUGGUCUUCUGUGGCACCUGCAAUAAUGUCCAGAGGACAACCAUACUCCUCAGAACACUGGGUCUCCAUGCCGUUCCACUGCACGGGAAGAUGCCUCAGCCAAAGAGGCUUGGAGCUCUGAACAAGUUCAAGACCAAGUCUCGAUCGAUUCUGGUCGCUACGGACGUCGCCAGUCGUGGUCUUGACAUACCACACGUCGACGUGGUUGUCAACUUUGACAUUCCCACCCACUCCAAGGACUACAUCCAUAGAGUGGGGAGAACUGCCAGGGCUGGGCGCUCCGGUAGAUCAAUUACCUUCGUCACUCAAUAUGAUGUGGAGCUGUACCAGAGGAUAGAGCAGCUGAUAGGGAAGCAGCUGGCACUCCACCCCACAGUGGAGGAGGAGGUCAUGGCACUAAUGGAGAGGGUCACCGAGGCUCAGAGAAUUGCCAGAAUGGAGAUGCAGACGGCACAGGAGAAGAAGAGAGAGAGAGGCGAAGAGAAGGGGGCGGGGCCACGGAGCAAGAAGAGGAAGAAAGAGAAAAUUGACACAACUGAACUCUAGUAGUCCAUUCAUUCCAUGUCUUCAUCUGUUGGUCUGUGAGCUGGUGGCAGUGAAAACUUUCUUAAAAACUGGAAGGCUG